AUGGGACCGAAACGCCCAACAGCACAGCCUUACAGCAGAGAAAGAUUCGAGUCAGCUAAGAAAACCUUUUUACGCCGCAAGAGGAAUACAGCACUUCGCAUGGAUGACCCUGGCCACUCCAUCGGCCCAUACAUACUGAGAAGCCGCAGAAAGAUGACACCUCUGAGACUUGAAGCUAUCUGUAUUGAUCACGACAACGAUGGAGACUAUGAUCCAUCCCCUCGACGGCCUCGCAAGCGCAAAAGCAGUGGCAAACACAGCCAGUCACGCAAGAAGCGAACAAAGACCCCUCAAUCCAGUGUCAUCUCUGGGGUCAUCUCUGGGGUCAAUGAGCAUGAGGAGAUUGACGCGAAUACCCCAAUUGCGAGUUAUAAAGCAAAAUUUACUUGUAUUGAUCCAGGUGAGGACAUUGUGCGACAGCUUGUCCUCAGCCUAACGGGGUUCAAUAUGCCCAGUCCAUCUGAGGUCGAAGAGAAUACAGUGAGCACUGAACUCUCUUUCAGUACUUUGAGCUGUUUCCCCGAAACUCAACAAUCUAAAGAAGUCGUGCCCGAUUUUCCUCCCCCAGCUGCGACUUAG